AUGUCCGUCCGUAAGGAUCAUAAUACUGGUCGAAAUCACAUCAGAAACGUGGUGGAAUACUACCAACAAAUCGGCCAUGAGAAGGCGCAGUCUGUGAUUGAUUCCAUUACAUCCUCAUAUGCCGCAGAAGGCCAGACAAAUCCAAUGCUUCAACAAGCUGCCGUCGGGUUUCCUCCGCCACUGCCAGGCUUCCCAGGUUAG